UUCUUUGUUUCUGAAAAUUCGUUUUCUGUUGGCUUUCAAUGCCUGUUUACAAAUAUUCCCCCCCUUUUUCCGGAAAUUUUCCGAGAUGAUUGUAUGUAUGUCUGGUGAAUGCGCGUGGGGCGAGAAAGUUACUGGUUCGCGCGAUCUGUUGUUGCAUUUGGGUUGCGCAUGGCUUUAUAUUCCCCAUCCCCCGGCGGCGUUGUUCAAUGUUCAGUGAUCGGUGUUGCAUGGGUCGAAUCCAUCAUGCUGGAAUGGAAUGGGAUGGGAUAUUAAAUACGGGCGGGAUAUGGGAUAUGGGAUACGGAUUGUAUGUGACUAUAAGGUUCUGGAUCAAUGGAUCGGGUAUGUUUUACCUUGCGGUCCCAGACGAUGGACGAUAGUUCAUGGACGAAGGACGUUCCGAUCUCGCGCAUUUGUGUAUAUCAGAAGAAGAUCCGAGACGAACCAAACAAUAUCGAGCGAGAUAGAAUCUGUGAGGAGAAAAGAAAUACAAUCCGAUAUUGAAACUUCAUUCUUCGGGCUCAGAUAUGCGCUUCUGCCUUUCAGUAGAACUCAUCUCCUCUUAACAUCAUCCGUAGAGAGGAGAGAACGACAUACAACAUCCCCUUCACCCGUCCUCUCACGAAGACAGAUAGACAUACACUUUGCAUGUAAUCCGAAUGCAAUCAUCAAUCAGGAAAGCAAGUACUCCGUAGACGAACAUCACAAAUCACACCGACUUCCCCUCUACCGAUCAAGCAUCGGUUUGGGUGUUAAUCUGCUCAACUCUGAUACACUAAGACCUUACACAUGGCACAACGAGCAAGCAAACACCAAGCACGGAUCCCAGCUUUCCCUCAACACGCGCACGUCCAUCCGCAUCGGCAAUGUCGAUACGAUACGACGUGAUGUGAUGGCAGAUGCGAUGCGAUGCGAGGUGAUGAUGCGCGGCGAUUGCAAUACAAUGGGGCAAAGCGUAUCUUUGCUAUUGGCGGGUGAAUUGUGCUGGAAAGGAUAGGACGCUUGCGCCUUUUUCCAAUACAUAAACUAUGCAUGGACAACACUCUACUUUCGU